GUACACUUCUCAAUUCUCAUACUUACGGACUCAAACUCUCUCUUCUCUCUUCUCUCUCACUGUUACUAGAGUCUCGUCUCCUUCACACUCGCCGGCGUCUCGUCGUUCGUUUCGUUUUGUCGCCGGCAUUUCAACGUCUCGUGGCCUUUCCUGGGCUACUCGUCGCCGGCGACAGAGGCGUCGCUCGUCGUCUUCUGGUUUUGGGUCCUCGCCGUCGCCGAGUCACCGUGGACCGUCGUGGGGUCGUCGCGUGCUUCGUCCCUCGUCGUCUUCUGGUUUCGAGUCCUCCCCGUCGCCGAGUCUCCGUGGACCAUUAAUCUUCUGGGCAUUUUCAAUAUACUUGGAGGCUGUUGCAAUACUGCCCCAGUUGGUUUUGUUGCAACCAAGUGGAAAUGUGGACAAUUUGACAGGGUAAUAUAUAUUCUUUCUUGGGUAUGUGUGCUUCUGUUUAUGUUAGUUUCCUCUCUAAGAUUUGCCUUAUGAUUUGGUUGCUUAUACCAUGAACAUCCACCUUUAUGUUUGUCGUCACCGAACAGUCACAUCAAAAGGGUUUAAUUUCCAUCUCAUUGCUAGGAAAUUAAGUCCCUGGAGAGUGAUGUGUUAUACAUUAUUUUACCUCUACUGGAUCUCUAUUUGGGACAAAAAUUUUCAAUGCUACCUUAUCAUAUAUCCUCUUUCUUCUCCUGAAGAACACCAUCCAGCUUCAGUAUUUCCUAUUUUGCCUACAGUUUUGAUGCUUGCAUAACUAUUUGAAUCAAUUUAAUUUGAGCAAUUAGCUCUAGAAGUUUAGGUAUUGUUAUAGCCUUAUUUUGAGGAACUAAUUUGAAUUUUAGCGAGUAGCUUCAGAUAUUAUGCACACUAGAAGAAUAAUCAUGAAUGAAUCCAAAAUGUGUUUUGCCAUACUUGUCCCGUUUCUUUUUUUUUUAUUGUGCCAAUUGAAUGAUAAAAUGUUCAAUUUUAUGGAUGCAUGUUCAAGUUUUUGUUGUUUAGUAGAUAUAGAUACCAUAGUUACAACAAGAGUUGUUUUUCACUUUUUAUUGAUUUUUGCUUUACGGCUCAUACAGCGAACCAUUCUUACCCUAAUAAUUGUUUUGAAGUGGAGUUAAAUCUCAAUUUGGUCCCUGAAAUUUAGUCCGAUGCUCAAAAUGACCCCCACAAUUUUAUUGGCCCCAAUUAGAACCCCCAAAUUUGCAAUUGUGGCUCCAACUUGCCCCUGCAAUCAUCUCCGUCACCAGAAUGCUGAUUUGAUGCAAUUGCAUGACACGGUGGAUACUACUUAAACGACGGCGCAUUGGUUUCGCGUCCAAACCAUUUGGAAACCACGUCAUUUCAAUUUUUUGUGGGUUAAAACUCUCUUUCCAUUACGACGAUCAUAAGUUGCGAAACAUCAAUGAAACCUUUACACUACGUGGUUUCCAAAGGGUUUGGCGCGAAAACCAAUGCGCCGUCGUUUAAGUAGUGUCCACCAUGUCAUGCAAUUGCGCUAAAUCAGCAUUUCGGUGACGGAGAUGAUCGCAGGGGCAAGUUGGAGUCACAAUUGUAAAUUUUUGGGUUCUAAUUGAGGCCAACGAAAUUGUAAGGGUCAUUCUAAGUAUCAGGCCAAAUUUCAGGGGUCAAAUUGAGAUUUAACUCUUUAAAGUGCAUUUAAAGUUUCUUUCCUUUCGGGCUCAGCCCGUCUCUAUGGCAAAAAUAUUAACAUCUCAGUCUGGAAAAAAAACCACCUAUGCAUUGAAGAAAAGAAGGAAAGCUCUUGCAGACUAUGCGAACUGCGAAGCUCAGACAGACAAAGUCAUCAUCGCAGGCUCGGUCGCCAUUCAUCGCAACGGAUCGGCGAGGCUGCUCUAACGUCAUCUGAAACAGAUGCAGAUUUUCAAAAGGGCACAAGAAGAACCAAAUCACGACUGCAGAGCAAGUAGAAGCACAGAACACCCUGGGAGGAAUUGAAUUGAAUCGAAUCAAGGGAAAUGAGGAUAGUUGGGUUGUCCGGCGGAAUCGCGUCUGGGAAGAGCACCGUUUCCAAUCUCUUCAAGUCCCAUGGGAUUCCUGUUGUUGACGCUGACGUCAUCGCUCGUGUUCGUUAUUUAUUCUAAAUCUUUUUCUUGUGAUGAUGCUUUGAAGAAAGGUAGCGGUGGAUGGAAAAAAGUUGUUGCAGCUUUUGGGGAGGAAAUCCUUCUUGAAAAUGGAGAAGUCAAUAGACCCAUGCUUGGCCAGAUUGUUUUUUCCGAUCCUGAUAAGCGCCAAUUUCUCGAUCGAUUAUUGGCUCCCCAUAUAUCCUCUGGAAUCUUUUGGGAAGUUGUGAAGCUGUGGCUGAAGGGAUACAAGGUUAUUGUUCUUGAUGUCCCCUUGUUGUUUGAGGCCAAGAUCGACAAGUUCACAAAGCCAAUUAUAGUUGUGUGGAUUGAUCCUGAAACACAGAAAAAGAGACUCAUGGGGAGAGACAAAUCAAAUGAGGAGGAUGCUGGAAACAGGAUCAAUGCUCAAAUGCCACUUGAUGUGAAGAGGAAUAAAGCGGAUAUAGUGAUAGAUAACACUGGAUCACUUGAUGACUUGAAGGAACAGUUUCAGAAGGUUCUAAUUGAAGUGUCAAAACCCUUGACAGGGACUCAGUUUUGGCAUUCCAGGAAUGGAGCCUUGGUCAUACUUGCUUCACUCACUUCGGGUCUUGUUUUGUGUAUAAAAGCACUUUCAUAGUCACUUAUGUUCUUUAGGGUAGCGUUUGUUUUCGAAGACAGGACAUAGAAACAUGGACAGUACAUAUUUAGAAUGUGUUUGGAAGCAGAGACAUGGAUACGGAACACAUUGUCUCCGGGACAGUUUUUUAUAUUUUUGUGUCCACUCUUCUACGAAGGACAACGAUGGACACGGAAUUUGGAAGAGUGGACACGAACUUUUUUAUAAAUUUUGUUUUCCUUUUUGUCCAUA